GACUACGUAAUUUCGUGAGCAGAUUUAAAAUCCAUAUUUUGUGCAGCGAUGGAGCGGAGACACGAAUUAUGGCAAUCAAUCGCAUUUUAAUAGUGAUUGGAACCGCUGGUACCCGUCACCGAUCAUUUCUGUUAUUUUCCCUGCUUCGCUCAUUUAUUUUAUGCACGUAUUCUCCGAGCGGCCGUCGAGCGAGUCAACUUAUUUUCCUCGAACGGAAAAUGCAAGCAGUCCAGGUAAAGUACGGAGGUGGAUUCCUUAACGAUGAGCUGGUACUGUGGAAGAAGCAGAAAGAGUACGCGAGAUACAAGAAAUGUCAAGAACAAAAACAGGUGCGCGAUAUGAUGGAAAACUAUUGGCCGUGGGAGGACAACGCGCAGGUAAAACCACGAGGACUCAAAAACUUGCGAUUGGAUGGACUCUUUCCGCAGAGAGACUUUGAAAAUGCUAAACGAUUUUCAGGAAUUUUAGAUCUGGGUCGACCUGGAGGUGGAGCGCCAAACGUGAACCGCGAUACCGGAAGGAAACUGCUUAAGACACGCGAGGAUCCAUUGCUUCGGUUCCAGUGGGGCAAAGAUCUAAGAAACACGGUGGACAAUAAACUGCGUUACCACACGGACAAGAAUCAGCAAGAGAAAUAUAGAAAGGAAUUAGGCAAUCGAGCGGAAAUGAUUUAAAGAUAAUAUAUUUAACAUUUAUCUUACAGAUAGAAUGGUCGAGGAGAAGAUCAAUGAAAAACUUCAAGAGAAGACGCGCAACGAUGGUGGGAAUAAAAUAGCAAAACGACCAGCAAAGAAUCGCGAAUUUCCUCAAACGGACAAAUGGAUUUCGAAACGCUACCAACGGCUCUCCCCUUUACACAAUGGUAAAGAUCUCGGGAUUGAGCUGGUCCCAUUGAUGAUACAGAAACGAACGCCUCCUAAGAUUCCUCUCGGAACGACGGAUGUAACGAGAAACGGCGAAGAAUGUACGAACGCUCAACAAUGGAACGAAAGCCAGUUGUAUUUGAAAGCACUCCUGAAGCAGAUGAGCGGCAAACGAAGAUGCUUGCAGGAAACGAAUUCUUCGGAUCUCGAAGGAUCCAUGAAGCAUUUCGAAACUUGGAGCAAAAUCUGGGGUAGACCCGGACACGGCGCGCCCAGAUCUUCCCUCCGGAAAGGUUGCAUAGAGAAAAUGCUAUACCCAAAGAUG